AUGUCUGAUCGGUUCUCCCCUCCUCUCGACAAGCCCCGCCAUUUUCGGUACUGGCAGAGGUGUCUGCGCACGCUGCUGCCACACCAGUACACCAGCAAUGACAGCAUCCGCAUGACCCUCGGCUUCUUUGUCCUCGCCGCCGUCGACAUCCUCUCCACCCCCGACUCUCCUCCCCCGAAGCCCCUGAUUGCCUCAUCCGACCGCCGCCGCCUCCGUGAGUGGGUUCUGGCCUGUCAACACCCCGCCGGCGGUUUCUGCGGUUCCCCAACACAUGUCCUACCCCGGUAUCAAUAUGAAGGAUAUGACUUUGAGGCCGGCACGGCAGACAUCGCCCGCCCCGGGGCCGCCAAUAUAGCUGCCACAUCCUUUGCACUCUUGAUCCUAGCGCUUCUGGCAGAGAACGACUCCGCAGAUAGUGCCUACCUCGGCGUCGAUCGCCUGGCAACAUUGCGCUGGCUCCGACGAAUGCAGCGCGAGGAUGGGAGCUUCGGCGAGGUUCUCGUCGAGCUACCCAAGGGCAAUAAUGGUCAAAAGGGGAGCUCUAGCCAUCCACUGAUUGCCGGCGGGAAAGAUAUGAGAUACUGCUAUCUCGCAGCGACUAUUCGCUGGAUGCUGAGAGGAGAUCUGGAGUCAGGGAGCCCCGGAUGGGUUGAGGACAUCGAUGUAGACGCGCUCGUGAGCCAUAUCAGGCGCGGUCAGAUAUACGAUGGAGGAGUGGCAGAAGGCUCCCAGCAUGAAAGCCAUGCUGGUUAUGGAUAUUGUGCCGUAGCUGCAUUGUCUCUCCUCGAUCGUCCCCAGACCGGUGGCGGCCGGCACGAUAGUGAAGCAAUUCGGCGUGGAAUUCCGGAUCUACCAGCCUUGAUACGCUUCCUCGUCUCGCGGCAGUUAGCCUUUCUAGAACAAGAGGAUGACGAUGCUGAUGAUCCCGAAACUGCCAACUUCUCACAACAAUCCCUGGCAACCUUGUCCCUGGAAGACAGUAUCAAAUAUGUGGGCUUCAAUGGGAGGUGCAACAAGGUGGCCGACACGUGCUACUGCUGGUGGGUUGGUGGUGCGCUGGCUAUCCUCGGCCACAGUGACCUCUUGACCCCAGCUCCGGCGCGUCAGUUCAUUCUCGACAAGACGCAACAUGUUAUCGGGGGCUUCUCGAAGUAUCCUGGCGGGCCGCCGGAUAUCUAUCAUGGCUGGCUGGGUCUGGCAGCCUUGGCUACGAUGGGUGACCCCGAAUUAAAUGAAUUAGAUCCUGCCAUGUGCGUGUCCGUUAACACUGUAAGAAAGGUUGAGAAGGCCAGAGCAGCCUUGCUGCUCGACACCAAAGCCAAGCUAGACAAUUCCGGCUUUGGGCAGCAGUUACUUGACUUGGGAGUGGCUCAGGCCGGCAAGCGACCGGAAUGGCUCUCCGUUGGCGUUUGA